AUGCCAGCAACCUUCAACUGGAGCAAGGGCUCGACCAAGCACAAGAUGCCGAACCAGCCGCGCGCAGGCGCUCCGUACCGGCUGAGCGGCGCCGGCCAGCGGCCGGUCUCUGCGCGAUCGGGUGUCCCUGCCAGCGGCAGCCGAGGCGGCGGCGGCUCACUCGACCUCGUUGCCCUCUCCUCCGAGACGCUGAGCGCGGCGUGCCCACGAUCUGAGGAGCGAUCCGGCUCCACACACCCCUCCUCCCUCCCGAGGCACCACCACGCGCUGUCGAGCGCGUCUGCGGGCGGGCCUGGUGCGCCGCAGCAGCUUGGCUACGCCUCUCCCUCCAAGCCGCGCUCGCCGCCGCCACUGCGCUUCGACGAGCCCUUCGAAGAGCACCCCGCCGCGUCCGAGCUCCUCAACCCGCGCUCGCCACCGCCGCUGCGUUUCGACGAGCCCUUUCAGGAGCACCCGUCCACAUCCGAGCUUCUCUUCUCGCGGUCCCCAGAGGCCGGCUCCCUGCCGCACCUGCGCACCCCGCUUCACCCCCGGGGCUGGCCAGACGCGGCGGAGACCGAGGACUCGGGCCUGCACUUUGGGUCUGCCCUUUCGCCCUUCACCGGGGGUGGCAUCAAGACUGUUGGCGGCGCGCGGCGCGGGUCUGAACUCUUUCGCGAGCAAGGGCACAUGAGCUUCGACUUCCCGCCGGCACCGGCGAACCCCCUGAUCUCGGCAGCGGAGGACGAUCCCAUGAGGCAACAGCGCGCCAGCAGCCACACCAGCAGCUGGGAGCGCGCCGCCCGCCCCGACCACAGCGCAGCCUCCUCAAGCUUCGCGGCCCGCCUGUUUGACGUCGACCUUCACGGUGAAGGCGAGGCGGUGGUCCCCGCACGUCGCGCGAGCCAGCACCUGCUCUUUGACGAGCCCCAAUACCCCGACGGUCACGACGCGAGCAUGGGCUUCUCGUUACCACUUGGAGGAGGACGCGGCGGCGGCUUUGGCGGGAGUGCGAUCGCGUUGCGUGGAGGCAUUCAGCCGAGCCAGGCGGACACGCUCGUCACGCACGAAAUCGAGCAUCGCAGCGGACCGGGCCUGGCUCUGCGGCCGCACGCGCGCGCAUCGCCCACCGCCUUUGCCGGGGAAAUCCACCCCUCCCCUGCCGACACCGCCUGCAUGCCCGCGGACACGGGCGCCUCCCUGCUCAAGCGCGACGUGCGCGCCUCGAUCCCCGACGGGCGCCUUCCGGACAGCUCGAUCCCGGCGCCGGCGGCUCCCUCCCUGUUUCCUCCGCGCGUCGGGAGCUACCCGUCACCCGUUUCCAAGGAGGCGGGGGGCGACUCGGAGCCAGGGGGCGGCUCGCUGGACCAGCUGGUGGACCACCAGUACGGCUCCUUUCUGGUGCAAGACGCCAACGGCAUUGCCAAUGGCGGCGCACGGCGCGAUGCUCGCACGCAGACGUAUCCGCCGCCGAGCCAAGACGCUGCCACUCAGACUGAGGAGCCCGCCUCGACAUCGCGUCGCACGCCCCACCAGUACCAGAGGUGGAGGCUGUGGCAGCCCGGCAAGCCCGCCUACAGGUCCCUGUACAAGAAGCGCCUCGCGGCGAACGCGCGGGCGCUGCUGGCGCAGGCAAGGGCGCUGCCCCGAUGA